UGUUAAUUUAGCGAAAGGCAAGGCCAGGCUGGGUGCCGCCCACCUGCGCCUGAGUGACUCAGCACCUGAGCCCAGAUCAACAGGACUUUUGCCCCCUGCCCGGCCAGCCACCUGCUUGGAUCUCUCCCAGGUCUCCCUGCAGUGCAUGCCCAAGAUGCAGGGAGCCGGGGCCUCCAGGGACCGGGGCCAGUCCCCAGGCAGCAUGGGCCCUCUAAGCCAGCCCUGGCUUAUCCUACUGACCUACUUGCUGACCACCCUGGAGGUUACCUGCCUCUUCAUGCAGUUCUCCAUCUUGCCGUAUCUGUCCCGGAGGCUGGGCCUGGAUUCUGUUGGUUUUGGCUACUUGCAGACGACCUUUGGCGUGCUUCAGCUGCUUGGUGGGCCUGUGUUUGGCAGGUUCGCAGACCAGCGCGGCGCUCGGGCGGCAUUCACGCUGUCCUUCCUGGCAUCCUCAGCGUUCUACCUGCUCCUGGCGGCCUCCUGCAGCCCCGACCUGCCCGGGGUCUACCUGCUCUUCGCCUCGCGCCUGCCAGGGGUGCUCAUGCAUACGAUGCCAGCUGCUCAGAUGAUCAUCACCGACCUGUCCUCUCCUGAGGAGCGGCCGGCGGCUCUGGGCCGGUUCGGCCUCUGCUUCGGCGUGGGCAUCAUCUUCGGCUCCCUGCUCGGCGGGACCCUGAGCACCACGUUUGGGAUUCAGUGCCCAGCUGUUGUUGCUUUUGUGGCCAACCUCCUGGGAAUUGGCCUCAGUGUCACCUGCAUCCCCUCAAGCACCAAGUGUGCCAGCACCAACACCCCGGCUAUGCCAGGCGGCCCCCAGGCUGGCGUGUUGGACCUGAAGGCCAUCUCCCGGCUACUGCUGCUGCCAGGCGUCCUGCGGGUGUUCUUCAUCAAGGUGGUCUCUGGCUUCCCUUCAGGGCUCUUCAUGGUCAUGUUCUCCAUCAUCUCCAUGGACUUCUUCCAGCUGGAGGCUGCCCAGGCCAGCUACCUCAUGUCCUUCUUUGGGGUCCUCCAGAUGGUGACCCAAGGCCUGGUCAUUGGGCGGCUGAGCAGCCACUUCUCGGAGGAGGCACUGCUCCGGGCCAGUGUGCUGGUCUUUGUCAUGGUGGGGCUGGCCAUGGCUAUGAUGUCCAACGUCUUCCACUUCUGCCUCCUGGUGCCUGGCCUGAUCUUUAGCCUCUGCGCCCUCAACGUGGUCACCGACAGCAUGCUGACCAAGGCUGUCUCAGCCUCAGACACAGGGACCAUGCUGGGCCUCUGUGCCUCUGUGCAGCCGCUGACCCGCACCCUAGGACCCACCCUGGGUGGCUUCCUGUACCGCAGCUUUGGGGUAUCCAUCUUUGGCCACGUGCAGGCUGCUGUCAAUUUUCUCAUCCUCUUGGCCCUCUGGAGGGAGCCAAAAAUUCCCCCGAAGAGGGACAAAGUCCGCUGACCUCUGCACCCAGGACAGACUGGCAAUAAACUCCCUUAAAAGCU